UUACUCUUUUUGCCUGGUCCAGCGAGCGGGGGCGCACGCACGGUGGGACCACCCGGCCGCAGCUCCGGGAAGAGACGGGAACCCACCGCAACAGACCCCCGCAAUAGGAAAAGGAAAAAAAAAAAACCCACCAGAAAACCCACUCACUCAAGUCAGUCCCCAGGCUCAGGGGCAGGGGAAGCGUGGCCCAGACGUGGAGGAUUUUGCUAUGAGAGCAGUCCCCUUGCAGAGUCAGCACUUCCCCUUGCUGUCACCGCCCCGCCAGCCCCCUGCCCUGCCCUGCCUGUCCUCCGCUCCAGGUUACCAUGGGCAGCGUCAGUAGCCUCAUCUCUGGCCACGGCUUCCACAGCAAGCACUGCCGGGCUUCCCAGUACAAGCUGCGCAAGUCCUCCCACCUCAAGAAGCUCAACCGCUAUUCCGACGGGCUGCUGAAGUUUGGCUUUUCCCAGGAAUCGAGUCAUGGCAAGUCCGGUUCCAAGAUGGGCAAGAGCGAAGACUUCUUCUACAUCAAGGUCAGCCAGAAGGCCCGGGGCUCCCACCACCCAGACUACACUGCCCUGUCCAGUGGGGACCUGGGCCAGGCUGGGGUGGAUUUUGGCUUGUCCACUCCACCCAAGCUCAUGCCCUUCUCCAACCAGCUCGAAAUGGGCUCAGAGAAAGCAGUGGCGCGGCCGACCGCCUUCAAGCCCAUGCCAGCCCGCUCUGGAGCCCUCCUCCACUCCUCCCCCGAGAGCGGCAACCACCAGCUGCACCCGGCGCCCCCGGACAAGCCCAAGGACCAGGAGCUGAAGCCCAGCCUGUGUUCCGGGGCGCUGUCCGACUCUGGCCGGAACUCCAUGUCCAGCCUGCCCACACACAGCACCAGCAGCAGCUACCAGCUGGACCCGCUGGUCACCCCCGUGGGGCCCACCAGCCGAUUUGGCGGCUCAGCCCACAACAUCACCCAGGGCGUCGUCCUGCAGGACAGCAACAUGAUGAGCCUGAAGGCCCUGUCUUUCUCCGAUGGGGGCAGCAAGCUGGCCCACCCGGGCAAGGCGGACAAGGGCCCCUCGUGCGUGCGCGCCCCGAUCUCCACCGACGAGUGCACCAUCCAGGAGCUGGAGCAAAAGCUGCUGGAGCGGGAGGGCGCGCUCCAGCAGCUGCAGCGUAGCUUCGAGGAGAAGGAGCUGGCCUCCAGCCAGGCCUACGAGGAGCGGCAGCGGCGCUGCAAGGAGGAGCUGGAGGGCCUGGAGCAGAAGUGCAGCAGCAAGUUGAAGCAGGCGUCGCAGAAGAGCCAGCGCACGCAGCAGGUGCUGCACCUCCAGAUCCUGCAGCUCCAGCAGGAGAAGCGGCAGCUCCGGCAAGAGCUCGAGAGCCUCCUGAAGGAGCAGGACCUGCUGGAGAGCAAGCUGAGGUCCUAUGAGAAGGAGAAGACCAACUUCGCCCCCGCACUGGAGGAGACCCAGUGGGAGGUGUGCCAGAAGUCCGGUGAGAUCUCCCUCUUGAAGCAGCAGCUGAAGGAGUCCCAGGCGGAGGUCAAUGCCAAGGCCAGUGAGAUCCUCAGUCUGAAGGCGCAGCUGAAGGAUGCCCGGGGCAAGCUGGAGGGCAUGGAGCUGAGGACCCAGGACCUGGAGGGUGCGCUGCGCACCAAGGGCUUGGAGCUGGAGGUCUGCGAGAACGAGCUGCAGCGCAAGAAGAACGAGUCCGAGCUACUGCGGGAGAAGGUCAGCCUGCUGGAGCAAGAGCUGCUGGAGCUGCGGGCCCAGGCUGCCCUGCAGCGGGAGGGGGCCCCCUUGCGAGGUGGCCCGGGGGCCGGGGCUGCCUUCUCCGAGGACAUCCCUGGCCUGCAGCGGGAGCUGGAGAGGCUGCGGGCUGAGCUGAAGGAGGAGCGGCAAGGCCACGACCAGCUGUCCUCAGGCUUCCAGCACGAGCGGCUGGUGUGGAAGGAUGAGAAGGAGAAGGUGAUCCAAUACCAGAAGCAGCUGCAGCAGAGCUACCUGGCCAUGUACCAGCGCAACCAGCGCCUGGAGAAAGCCCUGCAGCAGCUGGCCCGCGGGGAGGGUGCCGGGGAGCCCCUGGAGAUUGACCUGGAAGGGGCCGACAUCCCCUACGAGGACAUCAUUGCCACCGAGAUCUGAGGGCCAUCUGGGUAGCGGGCAAAGGAAGGCAGAGACCUGGCCUCAGGGACAGGACUCCUGGUGCUGUGGCUCUGCCAAGUUCUGGGACACAGAGAGCCCGGGUGGGAGGGAGGGUUGAGACACCCCCUUCCCGCCCCUUCCCAUGCCCUAGUGCUCGCUAGCCCUGUGUAGAACACACCUAAGAUGGGCUUUGCCUCCAUCCCCCCCACCCUCCCACCUCCGGCCUUGCCAGUGACUGAGGUACAGGGACUUUAUACUGUGGUUAAGCGUUCCCUCACGUGAGGCCUUGGGGUGGGGAAUGGGGGCCUGAUAGCCACUGGCAGCAGAGCUAGCCUCUCCUGGGGAAGUUGGUGACUACCACAGAGGCUGUGUGAGACCCAGCCCAGCCCCUCCUCAUUCCUCCCCUCACUCCCCUGCCCCAAGAGAGCGUGGGAUGCCUUGGGAAAAGAAAGAAGCCAUUUCUGACCAGAAGCCUUGGAAUCUGACCUCACCAUAACCUGAGCUGUUUCCUUCUGGCUGCAGAGGUAGGGUGGUUGGAGUUGGGUGAGCCCGGCAGCCCAGGGGUGGGGAGACCUGGCAGGACCUGGCGGAAGUGAAAAGGAGGUGCUGUACGGUGCCUGGGACCCGGGUGCCAGCUCCUACCUGCUGGGUCUGGAGGGAAGAGCAGCCUCAGGACAGUUGGUGGCCUUUGGCUCACGGACAACUCUGCAUGAAGCCAUGGGGGGGAGGCCCUGGAAGGGGUUCUGGGAAGGAAGUUUGAGGGCAGCCUGGUGCAAGGAAGGUCACCUGGUAGGACCCCAGGUAGCUCAUUCCCUCCUGGUUUACAGUGGGCCACUGGCUGCUCUGGGUCUUUCCUAAGGAUCCUCCCUUUGCUGACCAUCCCAAACCAGACAAAAAACAAGCUGCUUGCCCUUGGGUGGGCUUCGACUCCCGGCGGCCCCAACACUUACAGAGCAGAACUCUGUUGUCAAGUCUCUUGGGUUUCAUCGAUAGCGAAGCAGAUCACUAGCUCUUCCUUCUACACAGCUACUGGGAGGAUUCGAACCACCAACCUUCCAGGUAGCAGCUGAGACCAACUGUUCUGUGCCACCCAGGGGCCUUGCUUACCACCCAGAGUAACCCGCCCCCACUAAGUUGGUACAUGUAUGAUCUGGGCAUUCUGUGGCCCCUCAACCUGCUUUUUUCUGCAUAGUAUCUUGCAUGCUAAGUUCAACCAAGAGGCGUACAGGCUAGGAGGGGCCCCACGUGUAGCGAGGGGCCCGAGAGCAAGACGCGCACAUGCACAGCCUUAGGAAGAUCUCAGGGCCACAGGCUCCCUUCCCUUCACCACGAGCCCCUCCUGAGCCCCAGAACUCUACAGAAUCCGGAGAGUGGCAUCCUCUCCCCAGGGGUAGGCGUUCUCUUCUGGGAGGCGCAGAGCUGGGAGGGAAGAGGUGGAGUUUCUCAGUUGCUUGGUGCAGGAAAUGUUCUCUCUCUGUUUCUUGCCUUUUUCCAAAGCAAGCAGAUCUAGCAGGCAGCCAGGCUGCUCCCUGUGCUAUUUUUGACUCUCACCACAGCUGCUCUUCUUAAGGCGCCAGCCCUUGUUGGGUCCCUGAGCCACCGCCUGCCUGCUGAGAGGGCUGGCUGAGCUGAGAGGAGUCGGGAAUGGGAGAGGCCCAGACCGUACUUCACUUCUGCCUCUGAGGUCCUGGGGAUGGGGGGUGGGGGUGCUUCUGCUCCUCUGGCCUCCUGUCCCACCCCCACUGCUUCCUUAGGGGUGGCUGAGGACAGGGCCACCUUCCUGGGGGUGGCUGGCUGUCUUAGGGCACCAGGGUGAAACCGUGCCUGCCCUCUGCCUCGGAUGACAGGAGAGGUUUUCUGGAAUGUGAAGCCAUAUGGCUCAGUCAUCGGCCAGGUUUAAACCUGGCAAUUGAUAUGCCUCAACCCCCCUAUUGUGCUCCCUCAGAUGCCCCCAGUCCGUUUCCUCCAUCCCACACCAGCCUGUGCCUUGUUUGCGUCCUCCUUCCCCAUUACAGUGAGCCACGAGGACACAAGGGCUGACUGCCAUUUACUUGGGGGGGCGGGUACCCCAGUGACUGGCAGCCAAAAAAGCCCAGGGCUCUGCCCCCAAGGCCUGGCCUCCCAAAAGGGAAGGGUCACUGCUGUGUAAAGGCUGCCCCUGUGUGGUGUCCCCAUCCCCUCCCCACACAGGCUGGCCUGGCCUGUGGUCUGAGCUGGCUGAUGCCCUCCUGGGGCUGCACCAAUCCAAGCCCCCAGGGUGGCUCAUGUGCCCUAGCUGGUCCAGAGUACACAGGGUCCUGUAGCAUGGCGACAUUGUUUCACGGGGCUUUUCUUCCCUCCCCUGUUAAAAUGCAUCAUGCCUGCUCCUCAGCCCAGCCAAACCCAGCUUUCUGGAAGGGGACUCUACACAGUUGGGUUGAGUGGGGACCAGAAACUCCAGGCCUGCGUGGAACCCAGAGCGGGCACUGCCCCAGCCUUCCUGUCCACCUGCUGGCUGAGGGCAGGCCUGACCCUAGGAGGAUGCCUCACUCUGCACCGAGCAGCAGCUCCCGAUCUCCCCACCAGGCAAUGGGAUGAUCAGACUCACGGCUUUUCCCAGACUCCUUGUAUGAGUCUUUCCUCCAGGGGCUGGGAGGCCACCUCUCCCCUAUGCUCUGAUGGUACCUGCUGAGCCUCUAGGUCCUGCCCUGCCCUGGGCCUCCUUUCUCAACCUUCUCUUGAGGAGGGUUCCAUGGUAAGCCAGUGAGCUGCCGGGGCAGCAGUGUGUGGGAGAGGGGCUGGCCCUGGGACCCCAGCUCCUCGGCUGUACCCUGGAAUGCGGAGCCUGCUCUCCCUCCCUUUUCUGCCUCUGGCCGUGCGGCCUCCCCGGGCAAAGCUGGGAGCCCCAGCAGAGGCUGGCUUCAGAGGGAUGGGUGUGUGGAAGGAUGUGUACAUAGAAUUGUUUCCUUCUCUCUUUUAUCCUUUUUUGGUUGUUGUUUGCUUCUUUUGCUUUUGCCGGCUUUGGCUUAUUCUACUUCCGAUGCUGUUUUCUGGCCCUGUAAACUACUUCUGGAACUUCCAUGUUUUUAUUUAUGAAUAAAGACUGACGUUUCUCACGC